AUGGCACAUGUAAGUAUGUUUCGUGAUACUAUUUUGAGUACAAUACUAAUUAUUUUAUGAUUUAAAAAAGUUUUUGAAAUUAUUUUAUAGUAUAAAUAAGGGUAUAAAUAUGGGGAGGGGUAAGGGUAUGGGUAUAAAUAUGGGCAUGGGUGAGGGUAUGGGUAUAAAUAUAGGAAUGGGUAUGGGGGAGAAAUUUGAAAAAAAAACUGCUUGAAUCUUGAAGGUAUAACUAUUCUAAACGUAAUUUUUAAGUAUGUGACAGAUUACUAUAUUGUGCUGCUUUUUAGGACAAGAAAACCGAUGUACCUAACAAGGCGAAGAAGAGCAAGGACCGCAAAGGCAAGCUUCGCAAGACCAAAACAGUGAGUUCCUAUAACAUUUUUCGCUUGAACUAGUCGAAUAUGAGGCCGAAUGGACUUUAAUUGAUCAAAUAUAGAUAGAGGGGAUGAUAAGCUUUGAUUUAAUACAUAUUUUGUAUAGGUUUUGGUUUAGUUUGGUUAUUUAUGAAUCAAAAACUAAGGUAAUAUGUUUGUUGGAACGCAUCUUUUUUAGAUCUUUUUUAGAUUGGGAAUUAGAUAGAAAUUUUUAUUGAAACAGACAAUUUUGGGCUUGAAUUCAGCUUGAUUUUAGAAUGAAUAGAUGAAAAAGAUUCUGGGCUUUAAUUUGAUAUAAAUGUCACUUACUUUUACUUAAUAACAACUUGACAAUUUUGAAAGAUUUGGAAAAUUUUUCAAUUUUUCUGGCAAAAACAUAAAAUUUCAAGGGUAAUUCGAUAGAAACUAGGUUACAUUGAACGUUUGUGACUUAUAGUUAAGUGGAUAAAAUAAUUUAGAGUAUUUCGAAUCUAAAACACUCUUUUACCAUUCAUUUUUAGGAAGAACAAGACGAGGAAGUUCAAAAUACGGCUGUUUCGCACCCCCCGCCGAUGAAAACUGGUGAAUCCAGAAGUCCGCCGAGGCAAAAGGAGUAGGUUUUUCGGUGUUUUUGAAAGCUAUGGGCCUUAAUUUUUAAAAUUUACGUAAAAAUUUUACAAUUUUUACUAUUUGGACAUGUUAUACGAUGAAACAUUUUCAGCGAAGAAAACCAGCGCACGGUGUUCGAAAAGGUUGGCUGCCCGAUGCGACCGUUCAUUUCGCCGCUGAAAAAGGAAAAGAAGAAACUUACCAAAGGGGAGAAGGCCAUGAAGACAGCGGCCGAAGAGGAACACAGCUCUGGAGCAUCACUCGCCUCUGAGAAUUCGGACGCGAAAGCUGCUACAGAAUCCAACGAGUCAUAUUAA